UCCCUUUCCCUCUCCCUCCGCCUCCGCUCUCCAUCUCUCCGCAAGGCUUGGCCGCCCCCCGCAUGGCUCACGAGAUGGCCGCCUUCUUCGGCGCGGCGCCUCCGCGGCCGCCGGCGGCUCUGGCUCCGUUCCGCGAGGAGCAGCGGCACCAGGACGCCGUCGAGGAUGUGUACCAUGUCGACGACGUGGAGGACGGCGGUGCCGGCCAUGGCCACGGCGGCAGCGGCGGGCAGGGGAAGCUCUGCGCCAGGGGCCACUGGCGGCCCGCCGAGGACGCCAAGCUCAAGGAGCUCGUCGCGCAGUACGGCCCCCAGAACUGGAACCUCAUCGCCGAGAAGCUCGACGGCAGAUCAGGGAAGAGCUGCCGGCUGCGGUGGUUCAACCAGCUGGACCCACGGAUCAACCGGCGGGCCUUCUCGGAGGAGGAGGAGGAGCGGCUCCUGGCGGCGCACCGCGCCUACGGCAACAAGUGGGCGCUCAUCGCCCGCCUCUUCCCGGGCCGCACCGACAACGCCGUCAAGAACCACUGGCACGUCCUCAUGGCGCGCAGGCAGCGCGAGCAGUCCGGCGCGCUCCGCCGCCGCAAGACCUCCUCGUCCUCGUCCUCGCCGGGCCCCGCGCCUCCGCAGCACUACGCGCCCGUGGUCGUCCUGCACCACCACCACUACGCCGGCUCCCAUCCGCUGCCGUUCCACGCCGGCGGCGCCGGCGCUCACGGCGUCGCCGCGGAGGCGGUGUCCGCGCCGGCGGCGGACACCCGUGCGUACAGCGGCGGCGAGUCCGACGAGUCGGCGUCCACCUGCACCACCGACCUCUCCCUCGGCUCCGCCGGCGCCGCCGUCCCCUGCUUCUACCAGAGCGCGUACAACGGCUACGACGCGGCCCCGCGCGCCGCCGCGCCCGCACCGGCCGCGGCGUUCGCGCCGAGCGCGCGCUCCGCCUUCUCCACGCCGUCGGCAGCGCGCCACCGGGAGGCUCCUCCCUCCGACGACAAGGUCGCGCUGCCCUUCUUCGACUUCCUCGGCGUGGGCGCGACAUGAUCGGAGCCCCCGGCGGACGGCGGGUGUACAGGAGGCGGUCAAAGACGAGAGCCCCGGUGACGAGGACGAACCCGUGCUUAGCUUAGCUUAGGUUAAGAAGUUAAUCAUCAUCAAGAACGAGGCUAGGGGAGAAGAGAGGAGAAGAAUGGUGAUCGAUUCGUGUCGUCUGGGUGUAGCGGUGGACAUUGCUGACUCGCACACCUCAGUUUUGCUGCUGCUCCUGCUGAUGAGAACACUGCUCGGGAAACGAGUUCCAACCAACAAGCAGGUGAGAUUGUGCGAUGAGAUGAGAUUGCCCCAUGUUCAUGCCCUGGUUGUGAAUGGUUGGAUGCAAAAGGAACCGCUUGUAAGUUGUAACACAAACCGCAAGGCAAAGGCAGAUCAGAUACUCUGCCGCCUCUCUUUUCACCC